CUUCCCUAGGGUAUAUAUACACACCCAUAUAUAAAGAAGGGCAUUCAGGCAAACACUACAACAAACCCAAAGUUAUUUACCCAAAGAUUUGUUAGACUAGAAGGAAAGAUCUAUCAUAAGAGCAGCAAGACUUGUGUGAAGAAGAACAAAAUACAAAAAUGCCCAUUUUCAGAUUUCUCUCAUUCCUGACAUGCUUCAUUGGGUGUCAAGAUCAAGCUGGGAUCUCAGGACAGGCAACCAGAAUCUGGAAUCUCAGCGACAGACCCAUCGAGCUGCAAGUAAGGGUCGGGUCAAUCUUGAAGAAAGCCCACACCUUGAAGCCCGGCUCGUCCAAGAGGCUCAAGUUCAGGAACAUCUACAGAAGCUUCAUGCCUGGGAAAGGGAAAGAAAGUAACAAUGGUAAUAAUGAUAUUAAUGGAAUGAAGACUCUGCUUUAUUACUAUGAUGAGACUUGCCACCCUUACAUUUGGGUACAAGAUAGCUCUGUGGGCUAUCAUUUUUCAAGGGUGGUGAAGCAACAGUAUAUAAGUCUUGAGGAUCUUAGGGUUUGCUCAGAGAUCAGAAUCUUUAGGGAUUAUGAAAGAGGCUGCAUUGCUGUUCGCAAGAAGCUUAGGAGUGACUACUUAUGCUGAACUACUGUCCAAGAAUGAAGUUGAUUUCUUGAUUUCUUGAUUUCUGGAUUUCUUCUUCCAAGAUGUUACCUAGGUUUUAAUUUUGAGAUUGAGUUUUUUGAAAACAAUCACAAUUUACAUGUUUGGUGAUUAAUUCUGUGUGUGUGUGAUAUUGGGAAAGUAGUGGGUAUCAAGAAAAGUUCUAAUCUUUAGCUAGUUAUUCUUUUUUAAUUUUAUUUUAUUUCUAAGGGUGUCAACUUUUUCUUUUCUUGCAAUAUUUGCAUUUGAAUGGCGAUGUACUAUCAUGAGAUUCAUGACUAAAGAGAUUGAAGUGUUUAGUGUAAUGUUUCGUUCAAACUUCCAAAAGGUGAAAUUGCAGUUUCACUUUUACUUUU